AUGGGCCUGAUAUUGAACCCUGGGGCUUAUGGACCCUUACCGACCUUCUUUAAUGAAAAGCAAGAAAUCGACUACGGAUCGUAUGAGAAGCAUCUACUCAAUCUUGCUAGAAGAGGAAUCAAUCCUGUGUGCGCGGGGUCGCUUGGCGAAGCAGUACAUUUGUCUCCAGAGGAAAGAGUGGAUCUCAUCAAAUUCAUACGACGCACACUCGACGAUGCUGGCUUGACGGACAUGCCCAUUGUGGCAGGUGUGGGCGGUUCAAGUACCAGAGAGACAGUUAAACUCGCACAUGCGGCUGGUAAUGCCGGGGCAGAUGCAGGUCUAGUCAUCCUCCCUGCUUAUUACGCUGCCAGCUUGAGCACCGACCAGAACCAGAUCAUUCAAUAUUACGUUGAUAUCUGCAAGGAGUCGCCUAUCCCACUCUUUCUGUACAACUUCCCAGCGAAUGCGGGAGGAUUGGACAUGUCAUCGGCAGUGAUCGAGGCUGUGAUACGCCAGGCACCUAACCUGUGCGGCGUCAAACUCACCUGUGGCGGUAGUGUUUCGAAGCUGGUUCGCCUCUCAUCCUUUAUCAACAGGGAGCCGUCGGUCAAUACAUCCCGGCCAUAUCCAUUCCUUCUCUUGGAUGGGCUGAUCUCUGAUCUGACACCGUGGAUGAAAAGUGGCGGCCAUGGCACCGUCAGCGGCAUACCCAACUUUGCCCCGGCUGCGUCUAUGCGGCUGUGGGCACUCCUAAUCAAGCCCAAUCUGACAGAAGAUGAAAGACAAGAAGCAGAUAGGAUCCAAUCCAUUCUGUCUAAUGCUGAUGUGGCAGCUGUGCCUGCAGGUGUAAGGGGAAUGAGUAAGUUCUAG